GUGAAACAUGGCGAUUAAAGGCAGAAGACAUGAGAAGGCUUCAGGUGUUCGACUACCAUUGCCUUGGUUGCAUACGUCGUGUGUCACAGUGUCACCACCUCAGUUAGGCAGAAAUCAGACGUGGAGUUUUAGGCAGGAAAGGUUGUGAACCUUCAUCGACUGAGAUAGCUGGGACAUGUGUUGAGUAUGCCUAGCCACCGUGUGACACAUUACACAAUAAUGGCUGAAGUACGUUCAAGCGGAAGAAAGGAUCGGAGUGGCCAGACUCAAACAUGGCAUAAAUGGAUAAAGUUGUUGACUGUUGGUUUGAGCCAUGUAGGGCGAUGCAUACUAACCGGUUGGGGUCCAUGGGACAAGAAGAACUAUUGGUUGAAGGCUCUAGGUGAUGAGAAUCGAUGUCAGUGGCGCAGAUGCAUACACACAUUAUCUUCACAUUUACCGUUAUACUUAAUAUUAUCAUCUCAUUCUUUCGUUCUCACUCUUACUACUUCCUUUGACCGAUUUUUCAUUCUCCAUCUUCCAUUUUAUUGCCUUGUUACUUGAUGUGCUGAUGUGAGGUGUGUGAACUUGAACCGUUACGCUUGGUCCUAUAUUGAUCUUGAUGAUGAUGACGAUGAGAAUACGUGUAGUGGGGC